ACAUGGAGUCCGUGAGAUUGUCAACCCUGACUUUGACAUGCGGACUGAGCCGAGGGAGAUGAGACAUGGAGUCCGUGAGAGAGUCAAUCUUGACUUUGACAUGCAGAGUGAACUGAGUGAGAGGGCCCCGGAGCCCAAACCACACAGAGCUGCUGAGAGAGUGAGGAGCCACACGCUUCCCACUGACACCAGCGCUGAAGAUUUUAACGACGUGUCCCAAUACAAGCCCGUCCAUAAGCUGAUUAAGGAGACCAACCUCAAGCAUGAAAACGUCAGGCACCAUCGCUCCCAGUCCCAGCACAGCGAGGCCAAGCCUGAGGUGAGCUUAGAGCGGGUGUCGAGCUUCAAGGUGUCACAGAUGAAGAAGGCGUUUGAUGUCACCAAGAAGCCCACAGAGCCCUGUGUGGAGAGGAAGCCAUCACCUAAGAAAGACAUGAUCAGGCGAGUGGUGCGGGCAAGCAAGUUCCGUCACGUCUUUGGCCAGGCGCUUAAGAAUGACCAGUGCUACGAUGACAUCAGGGUCUCGCGUGUCACCUGGGACAGCUCCUUCUGCGCUGUCAACCCCAAGUUUGUUGCCAUCAUCGUAGAGGCCAGUGGAGGCGGAGCCUUCCUCGUUCUCCCCCUGCUUAAGUCUGGACGCAUUGAUAAGGCCUACCCCACCGUAUGCGGGCAUACAGGCCCCGUGCUGGACAUCGACUGGUGCCCACACAAUGACCACGUCAUCGCCAGCGGCUCAGACGACUGCACAGUCAUGGUGUGGCAGAUCCCCGAGAACGGCCUCACCCUUCCAAUGGCGGAACCCGUGGUGGUGCUGGAGGGCCACUCCAAGAGGGUGGGCAUCGUGGCGUGGCACCCGACCGCCCGUAAUGUCCUACUGAGCGCCGGCGGCGACAAUGUGGUCAUCGUCUGGAACGUGGGGACAGGCGAGGCGAUGAUCACGCUGGACGACAUGCACCCCGACGUCAUCUUCAGCGUGAGCUGGAGCCGCAAUGGCGCCCUCAUCUGCACCGCCUGCAAGGACAAGAAGGUGCGCGUCAUCGACCCCCGCAAGGAGCAGAUUGUUGCGGAGAAAGACAAGGCCCACGAAGGGGCGCGGCCUAUGAGGGCUAUCUUCCUGGCGGACGGGAACGUCUUCACCACGGGAUUCAGUCGCAUGAGUGAGAGGCAGCUGGCACUCUGGAACCCGAAAGCCAUGGACGAGCCCAUCACAGUGCACGAGAUGGACACUAGCAAUGGGGUCCUGCUCCCCUUCUAUGACGCUGACACUAGUGUAGUGUACCUGUGCGGAAAGGGGGACAGUAGCAUCCGCUACUUUGAGAUCACGGAGGAGGCCCCGUACGUGCACUACCUCAACACAUUCUCCAGCAAAGAGCCCCAGCGGGGGAUGGGCUACAUGCCCAAGCGCGGCCUGGACGUCAACAAAUGCGAGAUCGCCCGGUUUUACAAACUGCAUGAAAGAAAAUGUGAGCCCAUCAUUAUGACAGUCCCUCGAAAGUCGGACCUGUUCCAGGAUGACCUCUACCCAGACACGGCAGGGCCGGACCCUGCUGUGGAGGCAGAUGACUGGUUCGAGGGCAAGAACGGCGACCCCAUCCUCAUCUCCCUCAAGGACGGCUACAUCCCCGGCAAGAACCGCGACCUGAAGGUGGUGAAGAAGAACAUCCUGGAGGCCAAGGUGGCCAAGAAGCCGGAGGGCACGGUCACCGAAACCAAACCAGGAUCUCCCAAACCCACCGUACAAAAUGAGGCGAAAAUGGAGGAGCUCUUGCGGGAGGUGAAGUCUCUCAGGGACAUGGUUACUCUUCAGGACCGCCGGAUCGCCAAGCUUGAGGAGCAGGUCGCCAAGGUCGGCAUCUAACGGAGAACCAGCGAGCGAGCGAGCGAGCGAGCGAGAGUACGGAGAGACUGCCAUCAGAACCGCUCAGAACCACCAUCCACUCUGAAGAGAGAGAUUCCAACAGGCCCGGGGGCCUGUCACUGCCAAAAAAAUACGCCCCAGUACUCCCCCGUUUCAGUCCAGUUAUCCACACACACACACACACACAUACACAAAUAUAUCCAUAUACUCACACACACACACAUGCAAAGACACCUGUUCUCCAUAGUCCUCUAGAGACAGUCCCCGACAACAUUCCAAAAUGAACUUUUAUUUUUCAUGCCAAUCCCCCCUCAAUGUUUUUAAGAAUUCAUGGCGCAGGAUUAAAAUCUUGCCUCCAGAACAUGAAUAUGAAUUAAUGAAUAAACGUUUUUUCUGUUGUUAUUAUGGUUGUUGAAUUAUUGGAAGUUGUCUUACUUUUUUUCAUUACUGUAAAAUUUGUGAACAUUCUGAUGUUGACUAAGAAGUUACUGAGACGUAUCCAAGAUAUUGCUUCGAUGCAUUUAGAUUUCUUUUGUUAACGGGAGCAUCAGUAUUGCCAUAGUUCCUCAACUUGUUUUGGAGUUGCCAAAUUUGAAAGGUGAAUCGCUAAAUCCACCUUGUGGUCGUUUUAUAUUCUUUCCACUUGUAUAUUUUUUUUCUCUCUUUCUAUGUAUUCCAGGCGUAACAAGGGGUGAUGCAAUAGAAUGGUUUUACUCUAAAUUGAAGUUUUCUCAGAUUGUGUUUGUUUUGUUUUUGGUUUUUUACAGUCUCAAUACCCAUUAGUUGGCCCCAACAAUAGUAAACAGGGGGGAUUUUAAUGAGUAUAGAAGAGGAGCAGCAUGUCAUCUAGUAUUGCAGAUACCCCUUGUCAAUAAUCAGGCCCAUCAAUCAAAUCUAUUGCCACCUCUUCCCGAAGGAAGGCAUUCAGUGUAAUUUGUCUUCUAGAGUGGGUUGAGUCGAGAUGAUGUUGCCACGGUCAUUGCACUCAUGCAGUGACAAGGUGGGGAGAUGUAGUCAGAGAGUUUCAUCCCAACAACUAUUCCAGUUGUGUUUUAUUACGAGCGCCUCCUGUUCUCCCACACCGUUUCUGUCGAGGGAAAAAAUGAAAAGAAAAGAAAAGUGCUUUGGUGCAUUUUGUUUUGGGCUCCACUUCGGCAAGGUGUUCAGUAAAUACCCGAUUAACACAAAAUCCUAUGGUAUUGUGUGUGUGGUCUCAUUCAAAGCCAGGUUUUCUGUUUGUUUCUUUCUUUCUUUUCUUUCAUUCUCUUUCUUCCUGUCUUUUUCCCUGCCCUCUUUUGAAUGUACCCCCUCUGAAUGUGAAGGAGACCACCCCCUUGCCCCCCACCACCCCACCCCACCCUGGUAGGCUGUAGGCUCUCUGGAUGUACUAGAUUUGACCAGUGGGAUGUCGUGCGAGGAGAGGAGAGGCGCGACAGAGGCGAGGUGGUGGCGACCCCUGUGGCCUCUGUGUAUAUGUUCUGUAAAUGUAGUGGUGACUCUCGUGUAUGCGUGUGUGUGAUUGAUCAGUGCAACGACCGCUCCACCCUGAACUCCCCCCCCCCCCCCCCCAACCAACCACCAUUACCACCACCAUCCCAUAGUGCCUCAGCACCUGAGUAGGACCUGCUGUCCUCUUGGCACUUACCCCUCACUUAACACCACCCAACACAACCCCCAUAUAAUACCUCCACCCUGAGCUGAGAACAUAGAAAAACAAGAGAAGAAAAACUGUUCUGUGCAUGCAUUCUAAGGUCUAUCAAUCCUGCAGAAAAGGUGAAAAUAAAUGAGAAACACAAUAAACCCCCUCAUUCUUACAAA